CCCCUCUCGCUGUUUUCUGUCAUUUUCUCUUCUCGUGGAUCUCGCACAUUUUGCAUUCUUCAUUCUGACAGCCAUCGAUCAGAUUAUCUCAUUUUGUGCAUGUUUGAGCCCACAUCUGUACUUGCAUAUCUACUGCGGAGCUCAGACCAGCAUCAGGCCCGCAUCGAUCUAUUACCUACUAAAUUGAUGCCCUGAUCGAUCUUGUAUUCCAAUUUUGAAACGGUGAAAUGGGACUAUUCAGUGGUUUUUGCUGCUGCUUUGGCCGCGCUCCCACUCCCACUCCAGGCAUGAUAGAACAAAGUCCCGCUCGACCAGUACCUCUUCAAAGCGGACAAAAUGAGCAGUUCCAGAGCCAUACUCAUAACCAAUUUCCCAAUGGAAUGGCCGCUUAUAUUGGCAAUCUCAACAUCAGGAAUGAUGAGGGUUAUACACCCACCAUCCCGCUUCCUCGGUAUACACCUCGUCCCAUGAGUAUCCGAGAGAAGACCAUUGAGGGGCACAUACGAUCUUCCUCAUCAGAACUGGAAACAGAAUCAAAUACAAACACACCAUCCAACGAAAAGCAAAGAUAUCUCUACGAAUACGACCAUCGAGACUCUCGCGAUGGCGUCACAGCCGACGACGCCUCCUCAGCAUUCUCCUUCCAGAGCAGUUACGGUAACACCUCGACUGCGACGCGGGAGACGCCUCCUCCGCCGUACUCCGCUGGGGUAUCGCCCACGCCGUCGAGGAGGACGACUGUGUCUGUGUCGUCUGCGAUAUUGCGACAGCAGCAGAUGGUGAAUAUUGCGCAGCCGCAGGCAGUGUUUCAGAGACCGGAGUGGAUGGUGAGGAGUCCAAGGUGUAGUGUUGAUAUUGGGGAGGAGUUUGGGGCGAGGAGGUUUUCGUGGGAGAGUCGCUAGGGUUGUGAUGGGUUUGGACAUUGGUAUGGACUGGACAUAUGCUGUCUUUAUUAUUGUGAACGAUCUAUGAUCGAUGCAUACUACUAACGCUAAUUUUAAUACUAAUAAUGGAAUUGACAUGUCAUGGAACUAUGUACGGCU